AUGGAAUUCUGUUACUUCGCAGAACCGAGCCAACUUCCUGAGAGUGAAACUUGGGUAGCAAAUGUGGACGUAUCCUCCACCUGGAAGAGAGGUGGAGCUAAGAAUGUGUUGACUAACCUGAAAGCAGAAAGCUUGGAAUUUUCAAUCUGGUUGGCUUUCACAACGACCAACAAUGAAGCGGAGUAUGAAGUGGUCAUAGCUGGAUUGAGUUUGGCCCAGGACAUGGGAGCUAAGAAUCUGGAGGUAAGGAGUGACUCCCAAGUGGUAGUCGGGCACAUACAAGGAGAGUACAGAGCCCGGGGGGGUAAAGAUGAAGAAGCAUCUAGCGAAGAAAAUAGCCGAGCCAAUUUCUUAGCAAGACUCGGAUCCUCGACAGAUGAAGAGGCUGAGGCCUUGGAGCAAAAGUACUCGGAAGAAGGAAAGCUCUUGGAUGAUAAGAAGAAGGCACAGCAGAUCCGAAUGAGAUCUGCUCGCUACACAAGGGUUGGUAGCACUCUCUACAAGCGGGGAUACACAUUGCCCCUCUUAAAGUGUAUUACCAAGGCAGAAUCAGAAUACGUGAUACGGGAGAUUCAUGAAGGAGUAUGCGACAGCCAUGAAGGGAGUCGAAUGUUAGCACACAAAGCUAUCAGAGCCGGGUAUUACUGGCCCGGGAUGAACCAAGAUUCUAGUGACAUUGUGAAGAAUUAUGACAAGUGUCAGAGGUUUGCUAAGGUCACAAAGAAUCCCCCAGAGGAACUGAGUCCAAUCUCAGCACCAUGGUCAUUCGCACAGUGGGGGAGUCAACCUAGUAGGUCCAUUACCCCCGAAAAAAGAAGGUUGCAAAUUCAUAGUAGUUGCUGUAGACUACUUCACCAAAUGAGCAUAAGUGGAGGUACUGGUAGCCAUCACAACCGAAAACAUCUAGAGUUUCUUGUGGAAGUCGAUAGUGUGCAGGCAAACGGGCUUGUAGAAGCAACCAACAAGACUUUAAUGAAGACUCUGAAGAAGAAGCUAGAAGAUAGGCAGGGAGUUUGGGUAGGGUUUCUCCCAGAGGUAUUGUGGUCUUACAUAACAACCACCAAAACGACUACCUGGGAAACCCCAUUUGCCUUAACAUUCGGAACUGAAGCUAUGGUACCUGUGGAGCUAGGGUCUCUCAGCUACCAAGUAGAACACUAUAAUUCGGGACUGAAUGAAGAAAGAAUGAGGUUGCACCUAGACUUGUUGCAUGAGAAGCAGGAUGGAGCUUAG